AUGACGUCCUCGAAGCCGCGGCUGGUUGUGGUCGGCAGUGGAUGGGCUGGAUUCUACAUCAGUGACCACAUCGAUCUCUCCGCGUACGAGGUCACAAUCCUAUCGCCACGUCGCACGUCUGCAUACACUCCGUUGUUGGCUUCAGCAGCGGUGGGUCUCUUCAACUUCUACCUAGCAGAGGAAUCGAUUCGGUCAAAGCAUCGCUCAGCGCUCAGAUUUAUCAAAGCAAACGUGCUGGAUGUCGAUUUCGUUAGCAAAACGUGUCAAUGUGCUCCGGCAUUCGAUGAAGACCCGGAGUUAGCUAAGGAGGAAUUUGCUAUCGAGUAUGACUAUCUAGUCCUUGCGCCUGGUUGCCAGCCCAACACGUUUGGCACGCCUGGCGUUCAGGAGCACAGCCUCUUUGUGAAGAACGUGUCAGACGCCAUGAAAAUUCGUAAGAAUUUGUUCGACCUACUGGAAAAGGCCAGCCUUCCGAACGUCAGCGAAGAGCGUGCUCGAGCGCUGCUUCAUAUCGCGGUUGUAGGAGGUGGUCCGACUGGAAUUGAGCUCACCGCAGAGCUUGAUGACCUCUGCAAGAACGAGCUUGCCGGUCUCUACCCGUCGGUGGUGGAAUACAUGUCACUAUCAAUCUACGACGUCGCGCCUCACAUCCUGGGUGCAUACGACGAAAAGUUGCACGAGUACGCGACUCAGCAGCUGCUCAAACGGAGCAUUGACGUAGCGCCGAAUACCAAGAUUGAGAAUGUUGACUCAGAUGCCCUCUAUAUUAAGGACCGCGGCCGGGUGCCGUACGGGAUGCUGAUCUGGGCGACUGGCAAUCGACAUGUACCCUUGCUUGAGAAGCUAGAUGUCAAACUUCCCGAGAAGGGCUUGAAGCGCAUUCAGACUGACGAUCGACUUCGGGUUCUUGCGUCAGGAAAGCAAGGCAACCAGCUUCACGAAGGAGUGUUUGCCCUGGGUGACGCGGCAGACAUCGAGAGAGCGAGCCUCCCCACAACAGCUGAAGUCGCUUGUCAGAAGUCGAAAUAUCUCGUUGACAAUCUCAACAAGAUCAAGGCCGGCAGGCCAGCAUUCGAGCAGCCCUUCCAAUACACACAGAAGCGUCUCGUCAGCUACAUUGGUCAGAGAGAUGGCGUGAUUGCGGGCAAGGGGCACAAUGACGAGGGCUGGACGGGCAGAAGCGCAUGGCUUGCAUGGCGUUCCGGCAGCCUUAUGUGGAACAGGAGUUGGCGUUCUAGACUGGCGAUCCUGAUAACAUGGAUCCUGAAUAUCCUCUUUGGAAAGGAGAUCUCAAAGAUCUAG